AUGGAUAAAAGAGAUAAAUGUGAAUGCAGUUGUGAAAUUGACAAGAAGGCAACAUACUAUUGUCAGGAAUGUAGACAGUACAUAUGUUCCAUUUGCUUUGACCACAAUAAGACAUUUCGAGCUUUUACAAAUCACAUGCUUUACCCAACAGAAGAUGUGCGAUCCAUGACGCCAUUGGAGUUUUUUUCACUACAUCGUCACCAGUGUAACUCUCUUCACAAUGAACCAGUGAAGUUUUUUUGCAAAUAUUGUAAAAUUGUAAGAUGUACGCUUGGUGCUAUUACUGACCACAAAGCAGCGAAUGGGAGUAAUAAGGCUUAUAAUAGUUCCAAAGAAUUCAAUGGAUUUAAACAGACUGGUAACAAAAUCGAGGAAAAUGCCAAUUAUAACACAACCACAGUACAAGAUGGAUUAACAAAAAUGCAUCUUAAUGUUAACAAAUUAGAUGAAAAUAAUGAUACUAUUUUGAGAGAUAUUGACAAUCAUGUAAAAGAAAUGCUCCAGAUAAUCAAGGAUAAAGGACAAGAAUUAAAAAAGAAAGUAGAAAGGAAACGUGAAAAGAAAAAGUGUGAAAUUGAUGCCCAAAUUCAUGACCUGAGAACAUCAAUAUCAGACGUAAAGACAAAAUUCAAUGUUAGUAGUCAGCUUUUAAGGAGUGAUGAAGCAACAUCUUCACAAUCAAGUGAAGCAAUUAUUACAGGAUUGAAAGAUAGAAUCAAAGAACUGCCCAGUAAAAUAAACAAGGGAGCUACCGAAAAUAAUCAAGAAAUUCACUUCUUUCAAAAUAAACAUCAAAUCACUGCAUUAAAAAGGCAUGGAAUUGGCAUUGUGAGUGAGAAGAUAGCAGAUUGCUUAAAAGUAAAUUGUAGUAGAAAUAUUUGUGCGACACAAUACCAAAUAAUUACUGUCAAACUAGUCAAAAUAGAAAAAUGUGAAAUACAUGCAAGUCAACUAGAAGCAACAUGGACAGUCGAAUGUACAGGAGAAACCAACAUGACGCCAGUUCAAGAAGAUGAUGAUGGUAAUUAUAUUGUUAAAGGAGUGUGUACAAGUAUUGGUGUAUACAGACUAGAUAUUAGUAUUGAUUGUGAACCAGUCAAGCAUUCUCCAAUAAUGAUAAAUGUAGAAAAAGAAGGUUUAGUGAACACUAUUAAAGUAGGUAAAAAGGUUACAGAUGUUGAAUGGUGUAAUAAAGAAAACUGCUUAUUAGUUGCAUAUUGGAAAAAUGACAUCUACAAGUACAAGCAAAAUGGAGAAUACAUUGGUAAGAUAACGUUACCAGCUGGCGUACGUGUCAACAGAAUGCACAAAAUGAAGAAUGGUCAACUAGCAUUCAGUGAUGAUGGGAAUUACAAAUCUAUCAAAAUAUGUACGAUGGACGGUCAGGUAAAGAAGACAGUUGGAAAAGGAUGUUUGGAGGCGCCAUCUGGAGUCAAAGUAAAUGAGGCAUUUACAAAGGUUUAUGCUACAAGUUUUUUCAAUAAGGGUGCCUUCAAGUUUAGUAUGUAUAAAAAUGUGACAUUUGUCUCCGAGGUGAUCAACAAAACCAAUGUUUACCAUAAUGGUUACAAUGAUGUCACAUUUACAAAGGAGGGAAAAUUACUUUUAUUAAAUCAUAUUCAUAAUAGGCUAGAAUUAUUUGAUAAGGAACAAUUCAGCAAGGUGCUUGUUUGGCCAGGAGAUGAUAGUGGUAAAAUAAUGAAGCCUGGAGGAGUGGUUGUAGAUGAUGAUGGAAACAUCAUAAUAUCAAGUAUAAACAAAUUACAGCUAUUCAAUAGUGAUGGCACGUUUAUCAAACGAAUUGAUACACAAGAAGAUGGAAUAAAUUUUCCAUGGGGACUAGCAAUAAUUUCCUAUCAUCCAAGAAGAGUUGCUCUGACAAACCAUGGUGAUAGGUCAGUUAAGAUUUUUAAUUACUAA